AUGUCGCACUUUGAGCAGAACAAUUUCGAGAUCGCCUUCGAGGCCGACGGCAAAGUGCUAGACGAUGGCGGGCGAGACGAAGGGGACGAGAGUCUCUGCUUGCUAGAGCGCGUUCUCAGGGAGAUCUUAUUCGAGACUCACGAAGAGAAAAAGAGCCUUGAAAGGCUCCUGAACGAGGUCUCAGCCAGGGAUGCGCGGUGGAUGCAUGACAGUAACGGAGGACAAGCUCGGAUGAAGAAGUUUGUCAGGAGAUUCGCUGAGAUGCUGAGGAAAGCAGGGUACAGGCCUCUGUCGGAACGUGACGUUGCGAUCAGCGAAGCCAUGUCUGCUCAGGGCGUUCUGAGAAGCGACAUAGUCACCGACGAGUCCUCCUUCCUCCGCCUCCUGGCCCGCAACGACUCGCAUGCAUACAUAUCUCCGCGUAUUUUGGUAUGGAGGAGAGGAGUAGCAGUGGAGGAGGUAUCGGGGGGGCUUUACCUGCAGAAGCUGGACUACCUGCAGAGCAGCAUUCUCCUCGCCCUCUGGCGCUCUGCCUUGCAAGCGGUGCGAGGCGUGUGGGAGGAGAUGGAGGUAGCGAGAAGCAUGCUGAGAGAUGGGUCGUCGACUCUGGUUGACGAUGUUCGGACUAUCAUGGGCAUGUCAGCACCAGACAAGGUAAAAGAUACCCUGGGUGGAACUCUGUCGUCAGCGGAGCAGACCUUCCUUCAGCUGGCUGUCAAGCUGCUCGAGCGAUGGGGCCUGGUCUCAUCUCCAGCUACUCGACCUCUGUCGGACUUCCAUCCUUGCCUGAUGUCUCCUCCUUCUUGUUAUGACGUCGUUCGAUUCGUCGGGCUGGCGGAGGGCAUUCAGAAUGCCUAUGAGGGGGCUGUAGACGCUGUUGGGAAUCAGGGAGGACUGAAGGCUUUUCUCAGUGCGUUCCUGCGCCCUGUGUACAUAGAGGAUCCGAUCUUUGAGAGUAUUGUUGUCAUGUACGCGAGGAAACAGCGCGAGGAACAAUCGUACAGAGUUGGAGUGUUGCCUUUCCUGGUCUACUUUGUAAGACUGCUCUCCCUACAUGCGAUCGAUCCGAAGCUGCCGUUCCUCUCGGACCGACCGCUUGUUCCAGGUCGGACAGGACGAAUUCAUGUGAAAGAGAGCUUGCAUGACAGUCACGUGUACACGGAGUACUCCAUCGAUGUGAAAGAUGUGAGGAGUAGCAGCUGUCUCAGGCUCCUCAUCGCAAUGCUAUACAGGUUCCGCCCGGCAUCCAAGAGUAUCGAAUUCAAGAUUCCUGUGAAUGAGCCGUUCGCGCUAGUCAGCGUUGCGAGGUCAAGGAUCAAUAUCGUCAUGCUGAACAGCAAGCGAGAGGAGAUGAAGGUUUCGCAAGAGCAGGAGGCGACACUGGAGCUGGAACUCAUUGGAUAUCAAUCUGUAAAUAUUCAGAACAUCAAGUCGAUCUGGCCUGACAGGCAGCUGCAAUUCCGACCUCUUGACAGCUUGCGGCUGGAUCUUGUGACUUUCACGACGUUGGCAUCGGUCUUAGCUCAGAUCAAGCUCGACAAUCCUUACACCGAUGCUGCUGCGCUAGUGACCACCACCGCAUGGAUCCUUGGAGCUAUCUUCCGCUUCAACGCCAGAAGAAACGCGUACGAGCUACAGAGCUCUCGAGGCCUAGCGAGGAGAAUCACUGCUCGCGGCCUCAACGUCAUCAGGAUGGCAGGGGACAAGGCUUUCCUUCAGCACAUCACUAAGGCUAGGCUGGUCUACGACUCCAUCCGAUCUGCUGGCCCCCAAGACCUGGCUUCGAUUGCAAGCAUGUGUGAGGACAGGCUGAAAGCGAAGCAUCCCGCCUGCGGAACCAAGAUGGAUGAGGACGAGAUCCUGUCCCUCCUCAAGGAUCUUCAACGGCGCUCCCUUGUGGAGGAGUGUCACGGAAAAUGGCAGAUGAGCGAGCUGGUGUGA